AUGAGGGGGGAGGACGUGUUGGAUGAGUGCUUUCCUGUCUUGCCUGUCGGAAGAACGACAACGACGACAAAUGCGACUGAGUGGCCUCUUCAUGAUGAUGGCCUGACGGAUUUAGUUGAAUGGGACCAUUACAGUUUCAAGAUUAAUGGGGAGAGACUGUUUAUCUUCUCUGGAGAGUUCCAUUACUGGCGUUUCCCAGUCCCUGAGCUCUGGCAAGACUUGCUUGAGAAGAUCAAAGCGGCAGGCUUUAAUGCCUUCUCCAUCUACUGCCACUGGGGCUAUCAUGCCGCCUCUGAAUCCACCCUCGACUUCACCACCGGCGCGCACAACUUCACUAGCAUCCUGACGCUCGCCAAGGAUCUUGGCCUGUAUGUCCUCGUACGGCCUGGACCAUAUAUCAAUGCCGAGACCAAUGCCGGAGGGUUUCCGCUCUGGGUCACAACAGGCGCCUACGGGACGCUGCGCAACAACGACACACGGUACACGGAAGCCUGGACACCGUACUGGACCGGGAUCUCGCAGCUGAUUGCACCUCACCUCAUCACCAACGGCGGCAAUGUGGUCCUGUUCCAGGUGGAGAACGAGCUGGGUGAGCAGUGGACCGACGUGACGACGCGGACGCCCGACGCGCCUGAGGACGACUACAUGGACCUGCUCGAGGCCAGCGCCCGCGCCAACGGCAUCAACAUCCCGCUUACGCACAACGACCCCAACAUGAACGCGUACAGCUGGAGCAAGGACUUUAGCAACGUCACGGGCAAUGUGGACGUCGUGGGGCUGGACAGCUACCCCAGCUGCUGGUCGUGUGAUCUCUCGGUCUGCACUGGUACCAACGGCGAGUAUGUGGCGUACAAGGUGGCCGAGUAUGAUGAGUACUUUGCCAGCUUCUCGCCCACGCAGCCCAACUACAUGCCUGAGUUCCAAGGCGGAAGCUACCUAUCGUUUGGUGGCCCAGAAGGAGGCUGCCCCGGAGACCUGGGCGUUGAGUUCGUAAACAUGUUCUACCGGAACCUGAUCUACCAGAGAGUCACGGCUGUGUCGCUGUAUAUGCUCUACGGCGGGACAAACUGGGGCUGGCUGGCAACACCGGUGGUGGGCACCAGCUACGACUAUUCGAGCCCCGUGAGCGAGAACCGGGUCAUCGGGUCCAAGUACUACGAGACAAAGCUCCUGACCAUGUUCACGCGCGUGGCCAAGGAACUGUCCGUGACGGAGCAGGUCUGGAGCGGACCCGGCCUGACAAGCAACCCGGCCAUCAACACGUCUGCACUACGCAACGAGGAGACGGGCGCCGGGUUCUACGUCGUCAUGCACGGCGACUCGACGUCGAGCUCAGUGGACACAUUCACUCUGGCUGUCAACACGUCCCGCGGAGCGCUGACCGUGCCGCAAUAUGGAGGCAGCAUCACCAUCAACGGGCACAACGCCAAGGUCCUGCCUACUGACUUCAAGUUUGGCAGCAAGAACCUGCUGUACUCGACCGCCGAGGUCCUGACGUACUCGGUCAUCGACGGCAGCGAGGUACUGGCUGUGUGGGUGCCCAGUGGGGAGUCGGGCGAGCUCGUGAUUGAGGGCGCCACCUCUGCGCGCCUGGCGGAGUCGUCGUCUUCUGCCUCCAACAGCUCUUCCUCGACGGCCGUCAGCAUUGUUCCUGGCAACGCCAGCGUGGCCAUCAACUUUUCCAACACCAAUGGCAUGACGGUUGUGGACCUGGGCGAUGGGUCGCGCGUGGUCAUCCUCGACCGGGACGCGGCGUACGUGUUCUGGGCGCCGAAUCUGAGCAACGACCCGAUGUACCCUGAGAACAGCACUGUACUCGUCCAGGGCCCAUACCUCGUCCGCUCGGCAUCCAUCACGUCCAACCAGACGCUGCAGCUCACAGGAGACGUCGACAACUCGACAGAGCCAAUCACCAUCUUUGCACCGUCCGUGAAAGCAGUGACGUGGAACGGAAAGCCACUCGCCAUCGCCAGCAGGGACGGUAACCUGCUGACUGCCACUGUGGACGGCCCUGCGGCCUUCACGCUGCCGGCUCUGACUGGUUGGAAGUGGUAUGACAGUCUGCCCGAGAUCCAGGCCAACUAUACCGUCUCCUCAACCACUUGGAUCACCGCCAACAUCACCAACAGCUCCAACCCGGUGCCUCCCGCCUCCAACAACCCAGUCCUCUACGUGGACGAGUACCACAUCCACGUAGGCACGCACAUCUACCGCGCCACCUUCCCCAGCGCCUCGCAGACAGGCGUCUACCUCAACAUCACAGGCGGCACCGCGUUCGGCUUCUCGGCCUGGCUGAACGGCGUGCUAGUCGGCUCGUUCCUCGGCAGCGCAGACCUGGCGACGGGCAACGCGACCUUCUCCUUUGCCAACGCCACGCUCGCGUCUGCAGAGGCAGGCGGGGAGAACGUCCUGGUGGUCGUCAUGGACAACUCAGGCCACGACGAGACGACAGGCGCGGUCACGGCGCGGGGCAUCUACAACGCGACGCUGCUCGGCGGCGCGGCAGGGCCGUACGCCUUCACGGACUGGAAGAUUGCCGGCACGGCGGGCGGAGAGAGCAACCUCGACCCCGUGCGAGGCCCCUACAACGAGGGCGGCCUGUGGGCGGAGCGCGUGGGCACACACCUCCCCGGCUACCCAGAAGACGGCUGGACGGCCAGCAACGCCACGACGCUCGCCGUGCCGGGGGCCGGGGUGCGUGUCUUCCGCACCGUGGCACCUCUUGCCGUGCCCUCUGGCCUGGACGUGUCCAUCUCGUUUGUGCUCGCGUCGCCCGGCAACGGGACGACCAGCAGCACCUUUGUGCCGACGAGCCCGGGGGCUACCAACGAGGUGCGCGUGCUGCUCUUUGUCAACGGGUAUCAGUAUGCGCGCUUCUAUCCGUACAUUGGCAACCAGAUCAACUUCCCUGUGCCCACGGGGGUGCUCAACUAUCAUGGAGACAAUACCAUUGCCGUGACGGUGUGGAGCCAGAGCGCCGAGGGGACGGAGGUGGAGGUGGACUGGGCGUUGGAGUAUGUGCAUACUACGGGCUAUGAUAUGGCGUUUGAUGCCGAGUAUCUGCGGCCGGGGUGGACGCAAGAUCGGCUGGCUUAUAAUUGAGGAAAGGGGGAAGCAGUAGUAUAGGAGAGUAGAGUUAAUAUUAUAAGCUGGGCUUUCAGGCCUGUCUGAG